UGGAGAGAGAGAGAGAGAGAGAAUGUGUGUGCGCGCGUGUGGCGUCCGCGCGCGAGCGAGCCUUCGCCCUCAUAAAUUCUUGGCGCUCACGUGGUGCCGACGGAGGAAUGCCGCGCGCGCGUUGCGGGCGCUGGACUAGAAUAUUCUUUUUGAGGGGGGAGAGAGAGAAGGGGGCUCGUCGACGCCAUAAACAUGCUUCUGUACUCACCCGCCCUUUCGCUUAUCGAUUGUAAAAUCAGGGCGGUGAGGCGCUGCUUAUCUCCGAGAGGCUCCCUCAAGGCGUUUUUUCAAUUUCUUUUGCCCUCACAAUGGCGAAGAUGCAUGAGCGUCGUCAUGAGUUGUCAGUGGUAUAUUGCACCUAAGAACACGGGGCGCUCUGUGCAAAUAAAAUGAAAAAUCAGCUGGUGCUCUUUAUAUAUAUCUACAAGGCAAGGCUGCCUGCUGUUACCCGGGAAGAUCAUGAAACGAGGUCGACUUCCCAGCAGCAGUGAGGAUUCUGAUGACAAUGGCAGCUUGUCAACCUGGUCCCAACAUUCUAGGUCUCAGCAUCGGAGAAGUUCAUGCUCUAAGCACGAAGAUCGGAAACCAUCAGAGCUGGCACCCAGCAACCUUUCUUCUGGCCAGGAGAUCAGGGAGCUCAGCUGCUGCCACAGUCCCUGCCAGCAUCAAGUAUUUAGAACAGACCUGAUCACUGCCAUGAAGCUGCCUGAUUCCCACCAGCUGAACCCGGAUGAGUACUAUGUGCUGGCAGACCCUUGGAGACAGGAAUGGGAGAAAGGAGUUCAGGUGCCAGUCAGUCCGGGGACCAUUCCAGAGCCAGUAGCCAGGGUUGUAUCUGAGACAAAAGCAGUCAUAUUUACAAGACCUCGGAAGUACAUCCUUUCUUCGGGUUCUGAGCCCCCUGAGCUUGGCUAUGUCGACAUUCGGACCUUGGCAGAGAGCGUCUGUCGCUAUGACCUUAAUUUCAUGGACGUAGCAUGGUUGGAACUGGCUAAUGAAGAAUUCAAAGAGAUGGGGAUGCCUGAACUGGAUGAAUACACUAUGGAGAGAGUCAUGGAAGAAUUUGAACAGCGAUGCUAUGACAACAUGAAUCAUGCUAUCGAGACCGAGGAAGGGCUUGGAAUUGAGUAUGAUGAGGAUGUUGUCUGUGACGUUUGCCAGUCUCCAGAUGGUGAAGAUGGCAAUGAGAUGGUGUUCUGUGACAAAUGCAAUAUUUGCGUUCAUCAGGCAUGCUAUGGCAUCCUAAAAGUUCCAGAAGGCAGCUGGCUGUGCCGAACCUGUGCUCUUGGUGUUCAGCCCAAGUGUUUGUUGUGCCCCAAGAAAGGCGGAGCCAUGAAGCCAACUCGUAGUGGGACUAAGUGGGUCCAUGUUAGCUGUGCCCUCUGGAUUCCUGAGGUGAGCAUUGGCAGCCCAGAAAAGAUGGAGCCCAUCACAAAGGUCUCCCAUAUUCCCAGCAGCAGAUGGGCCCUGGUGUGCAGUCUUUGUAACGAGAAGGUUGGGGCAUCCAUACAGUGUUCAGUGAAAAACUGCCGCACAGCCUUCCAUGUCACUUGUGCGUUUGACCGUGGCUUGGAGAUGAAGACCAUUCUGGCUGACAAUGAUGAAGUCAAGUUCAAGUCUUAUUGCCCCAAGCACAGCUCCACCAAGAAGUCAGAUGAGGAAAACCUCAGCGAAUUCACCAGCCAGGAAAAUGAGAAUGGGGCACAGGACAGUUCCCCUCCUGCUCACCUAGAACCUUUUGCCAGCAUGGAUCAAAACCAGGAGGAGGCCCACAGGGUCAGUGUUCGCAAGCAGAAGCUUCAACAACUGGAAGAUGAGUUCUAUGCCUUUGUCAACGCCUCGGAAGUGGCCAAGGCCCUGCAGCUUCCCGAAGACUCUGUAGAAUUUAUGUACCAGUACUGGAAGUUGAAGCGGAAAUCAAACUUCAACAAACCUUUGAUCACCCCAAAGAAAGAUGAAGAGGACAAUCUGGCCAAACGGGAGCAGGAUGUUCUGUUCAGGCGGCUACAGCUUUUCACCCACCUCCGGCAGGAUUUGGAGAGGGUACGAAACCUCACAUAUAUGGUGACCCGACGGGAAAAAAUUAAAAGAUCUGUUUGCAAAGUCCAGGAACAGAUAUUCAAUCUCUAUACAAAUCUUGUUGAGCAUGAAAGAGUUUCAGGCACGCCUUCCUCCUCCUCCUCUGUGGAAAAUAUAUUGCUCUUCAACAGUUCACCACUGGGCCCAGAUGCACCUCAGAUAGAGGAUUUGAAAUGGCACUCAGCUUUCUUCAGAAAGCAAAUGGGCAUGUCAUUGAGUCACUCUUUGAAAAAAACACAGAAGAGAGAGCGGAUGAGGAGGAGCUCUGGGCAUGAUGACAAAUCUUUACUCAAGCAGCCCAGCCAAAGGGAAGGCUUUGCAACUCCCAGUAGCUUUUUCAGUUUUGAAAAGACCUUUGCAGAAGCACAAAUUGGAUCAGCACAACAGAAGAAUGGAGUUGCUAUAGCAGACCACAGGAAGAGAAGAGACAAUCAUUCCCAUUGUGAUGUGAUGAAGGUAGGACUGAAGGAGAAACCUUCUAAACACAACCACAAACCCCUGAGAUCCAACGAACUGUCUCAGAGGCAGUUAGAAAACAAAAGGGCUGUGAACCACCCGAGUGGCAGGUCAGCGCCCGGAACCCGGAGGGAUAUAGUGCCUAAAUGCAAUGGAUCUUUUUUCAAAAUAAACUAUAAUCCAACUCCGGUUAAAGUGCCUACGACACCCAGAAGCCCUGUGAAAAACUGGGGAGGAUUUCGAAUUCCAAAGAAAGGAGAAAGACAACAGCAGGGAGAAGGGCAAGAUGAGAUGUGCCGCCAAAACUCUAACUAUCCUUACUCGGGCCUGGGUCGAGUUUCCCCUAAAGAUAGGGCCAAAAGCAACCUAAAGGUGGACAGCGAGAAUGACGGGUACGCCCCUGAUGCUGAGAUGAGCGAUUCAGAAACUGAGAUGGCUGAGAAGAAAUGCAGGCAACAAAGGCUCAGUUCAAAUAGCACUAUUCCUAGGAGGACAGAUAUCAUUAGGAGAAGCAUCCUUGCCUCCUGACUAGAGAGUGAGACACAAUAGCAGCACUGGAGUCGGUGAAGCCCCAGCCUGGAAAAAUUAUCCACUCUGCAUUAUUUAUUGGUGUGACAAGGAGGGGGGGUCCUUACACAUGGCUACAAUAUAAGCCAACAGUGAGCCUGUUUUUUCCGGGCUGUAGAAAUAUGUUUACGUGCACUUGACUAAGAGUUUGUCCUCCACCCGUCAUGUCCGUGAGAUUACAACCUUCUUUAUUUGCAACUUUCCUGAAGAAAUCACCUGAGAAGAUGACCUUGCUAUGCCAAUUGCUCAAUAAGAUGAAUACAAAUUAAAAGAUGAAAUAAAUGGGGGGUAGAUUUGGAUGGGGAAACCGAUUUAGGUGGAUAGCACUGAGGAUUUUCUUCUGUCUGAAAAGCACAAGCUGUUAGUACACAAGGAUAAUUUACAAUGGUGGUUAUAAUCACCCUGCACCGCAUCGUCCACUCUAAAUUGUCACUUUCAUGAUGCUGUGCUAGGACUAAGCCCUGGUAGUCUGCAAUUUUUGUUGUUUUAGAAUUCAGGGUGGUGGUGGGGUUUUUUUGGCAGCUUUAUGAACCCCGGAAGAGUUUUCACAAAAGCCCAUCAAGCAGGUAAGAGGAAUUUACCAUGACUACUAAGAUACCUGAAGGGAUAGAACCAAGCUGACCAAUUGUGAAAACAGUAGCAGCACAGUGCUAUUCUGAAGGAACUCAGACUAAGAGUAUGAAAACUACUCAGCUCCUCAAAUUUGAAGAGUAUGUCUUAAAAGUACUUUUUAUCUUGUUCUGAGAAGGCAGGCAGAUUUGUAGCCUGCUAUAUUCUGCUGGCACUGCCCAUCCGAAAUAUGAUGACAAUUCAAGUGGGAAAGACUCAGUGCGUCUACACUGCAAAUAGUAAAUAGUUUUUGCUGUCAUGGUUCCCAUCCUUCCUUGUCUGCUCCCCACCCCACCCUGAGAAUUGUAACUCUCUGAUGGGCAACAGAUUUUUCAGUAACUCAUUCUCAGCAUCUCAUCACACAAUUCCCAGGUUUUUGGGGAGAAGCCAUGACAGGUAAACAGGCUGAAAUUUGCUAUGAAGAUAUGCCCAUGUUUCUAAAGGCACUAGUCAGCAGCCUUUCCCAAUGUGCACUAAUGGUAUGUGUUGGGAUAUGCAAUUUUCUGACACACAAGGGUUACUUUAAAUAAAAAGAGAAGGAUGUAAUAAAUAUAUAUAUAUAUUUUGAAUACAAUGGAAGGCAAUAAGAUGUGAGUAGCGCUUUACAUUCAAGCCAAUUUAACAACAUGAUUUUAUGAUAAGGAUUAGAUUUGACCAUGGAGGGGCUUGUGUUCGGAUUACAUCAUUUUAAGAAUUGCAAUAACUAAUGAGAGUAAGCCAUCAGCAAUAAGAUGAACAGAUCGUUCAGACUCUUUUUUCCUUUUUUUUGCACCCAUAGAGUGUGUGUCUCUAUCGCGAGUGCAUCUAUAAUACACAUAACGUAGUUUUAGGCUGCAGUAACUUUGGGGACUGAACUUUGAUGUAAAAUCAGACAUAACCUAGUUAUAAGAAAGUUCAAGCAGCUGUAGGUGUUUUUAAAAAAACAAAAAUGGACAGCCCUCCCCCCAGUCCAUCAACAGCGGUAUUUAGCUACUUCACUCACAAGAAGUGGGUUUACAACUAUGAAAGAAAUGUUGAAGCCUUGCAAUUUGACUUGAGUCUUCCAGGGGUUUCAACUGAGAACUGGAUUGCUGCUGUUCCAUCUUGCUAUGCAAGUCACUGAAUGAUCAAAAAACUGCUUGGGGAGGUUGACACAGUACAUGUUCCUUACAUGCAAGCAGCCCUGGCCUUCUCCACUUGGAAAAAUGUAAUGUGUGUACCUGUGAAUCAGAUAUAUUUAGUAGGAGUUUGCAUGAUGUAUUUUGGGAACCAGCCCUCAGAAUUCAUUCCUAUUUGCUUCUGGAACAGAGGUCAUAAUCCUAAAAUAAACUAAAACAAAUAAACCCUUUGAGAUUUAGAAAUUAGUUGUGGGCUCACAUCAUCUCAAUUUACUCUUGGCUCCUCUCAGUUUCUUGUUUGGCACUGCCCAUAUUUACAAUAUUGCUUGUACUAGAAUCAGAAACCACACUUGCAAGUGGGGCUUCCAAAUCUAGUUUGGAGGGCAAAUUUCAGGUGUUAAACAGCAAACUGGUUUGUGCUUAAACAGGCAGCUGAAAGGGGAUCCAUGUGUGGGAGGGAAGGGAAAUGUGCAACUUUGUGGUUUGUACAUGAUUUUACAAACAAAUGUUUGGAGGCGCAUCUGAAGUGAGCCUUAAUGUAAGAGCCCUACACUAGCAGCUGCUGUUUGCACACUGGAGUUUUAGCGCAUGCACAGAACUUCACACAGGUAGGGGCUGUUGCAAGUGCUUAACCAGAGGAAUUCUCCAGAAGUGAAGUAAAUAGAACAAGUCCCUCCUGCACACCUCUAUUCUCAGUGUACUCCAUGCCUAGCUUUGGAUCAGAAUAAGAUUAAGACACUGAGGCCUUGAUUCUUAACGUGAUCAAGAUAGUGACAACAAUUUAGGAUAUUGGAAAUGAAAAAAAUAGUGAUAUGAAAGAUGUAGUUUUAUAAGGCUUUAUUGCUUCUGAUUAAACUACUCAUAUCUUAUAGGUAUGUUGACCAGGUUUGCUGCUUUAAAAGCAGACAUGUUCUUGUUAAAAUAUGGGGAAAGAGGGACGUGAUUAAUUUACUUUUCAAUACAGUAAGUGUUUUGGGUGAGGGUUGAGUGAAAUAUCAGUUAGCCUGCCCUGUAAGGGUGUUGUUCAUCAAGCCAUAGAAGGAAUAAAAUAAAUUUGAUUAUAAGUAAACAUUAUUCAAUGUUAUGACUUAUUUUGAAAGAAAUAUCAUAACAUUUGCACUAUUAGGAAUGAUAGCAUUUGUGCAGAACAAUGCCUUACCUGUUUUGCUCCCCACCAUGUUUAGGUUAAUAAGCUUUCUGAUUUUGAAUAAUGCUGAACCAAAAAUUAAGAAAAACAAAAGAGAAAAAUAAAUUGUGCUUUCCCCCAUAACUGCAGAAAUAUGGGAAAACAUCAGUAUGACUAACUGUACAAGUUCCAUGCUACUCUAAGCACUCAGCAAGAGAAAAAUAAAAUAAAAUAAAGCAGUAAUCCUUACCUACUACUGCAUUCAUUUUGUUAAUAUGGAAACAGCUGUUAUUUCUUGUUAGGUUUCACCUUUUUCCUUAUGCAGAAUGCCCAAGACAUUUCUUGAUUUUGAUUGGUGCACUACAUUGAAAUGUAGGCUUAAUAAACCCUUCAGUAAUGACCUGGAAUGCUAUCUGUUAGGUUUUGGGGAUGGACACACACACUCCCUAAAUGAAUGGAACGUUAUACAUGUCUCAUGUGUACAAAUAUUAUUUAAAAAAACUUUAAAAAACUUUCAUUACUACAUUUGUAAAACCCUGUACAGAGGAUUUUUCACUAUGUGCCUAGCUUUGGUGUCCAUUUUGCUCAAAUUUGAAAACAGGUGCAUGAUGACAAAAAAAGAUAGAAUCAGAAAUAAAGUAUAUGUAGAGAUGACUAUUUUAUAUUACAUGGCCCAAUCCUGUAUUUAUUUUCCUCCCUUUUUGAAGUAUUUAUAAAGACCUAGUUGAAGAUGGCUGUAUUUUUUUGUUAAAAUAUUUAGUAGAAUUGUGCCUUUGUCUGUAUGUGAAUAAAUGCUGUACAUUUUGCAAUACA